AAGUGAUCGCUUACCGAUACUCUUGAAGAAUUAAUUCCAAAAAUAGCCGUCGGUAGCGUAGAUUUUUAAAAAAAACAAUUUUUCGUCUUUCGAACGGCGUUUUCCUAUCUCUUUCCUUAUUAAAUUUCAGAACGACACUUGCCAGCGCUCGCCGGAAGUGAGAAUUCCGUGUGACACAAAACAAUCAGCAAUUUGACGGAAGAUUCACAUCUGUACCUACCUCAUCUGUGGUUUAGCUUCGUAAACUAGAUUGCGCAGUCCAGUAUAUGACGAGAUCAGUCAUCUGAAUGUAAAUUUAUUAUAAAUAAUUCAAAUUAUAUGUUAAUUUAUAUUUGAUUAUGAGCCUACAGUACACUCAAAAGUCUUGGUCAGCGUUUGCGCACAUUACCCAAUAUCCCGCGCGCGCGUAGCUCGAUCUUUUCUCUUUGAAACAAACAUCGAAAAUAUGGUGAGAAUAUUGUAUUUAGAAUCCCUUGUAAUCUUCCAGUUUUUCUUCUUUAUAUGAGAGUUUCGCCAUAGUUCACGAAGCUUUUGUAAAUAUCUAAUACUUUUGCAAUCAUUUGACGCUAUUUCCAAAGAAAUAUACGCAGGGGGAUUAGGUUUCUAGGCCUCCAAAAUAUAAGUGCACGAUGAACUACAGUGUAAUAAAUUUAUUUUUUUUACGAAAAUAUGUAUUGUAUCAUUGCCAGGCAGUCGUGUACUGCUAUAUUUCAAUGAGCCUUCAGCUGGGUUAACCCACUAGUUGUCUUGAAAAUUAAAAUUUGGCAAUAUAUAAACUAUAAAAUGCACAAGCAGUAUAGUAUAAAUGGCUUAGCUAGUUAGUCGGUGUACUUCUAGUUAAACGUGUUUGCUGGUUAAACCCUCAUAUGACAAUCAUGAGAGCCUCGCGUGCCCUUACAUACCAAGGGCCAUUCCAUUUAGGGGGCCAUGUCCAUUUUCAAUUUGCCAUACAAAACAUCAAAUUGUUUUUAUCGAAACCCAACCAGUCUGCCAUAUGCAAGAUUUUUUUAUGGGCAUGACCCCUUGAUAUAUGCCUCCUAUUGAGAGGUUUUGUGACAAUCAUCUUAGGAUGACGAAAAGUUUAUCUAUUAUAUUUCUACAUCUUCUGAAAAGUUUUUGAUCACGCAUAAUGUGAACACAUUUCAUUGUGCUAAAUAAUGACAUGCAUAUUUCUUCACAAAUUUGUCAAGACGAAGUUAAAGGCUCACGAAUUACGAGGCAAGAAGAAGGAAGAGCUUGUUAAGCAGCUUGACGAAUUACGAAAUGAGUUAUCGUCGUUAAGAGUAGCUAAAGUAACUGGUGGAGCUGCCUCAAAGCUGGCGAAAAUGUGAGUCUAUGCAAUUGAGUGUACUCCAGUGUAGGUAGUAUUCUACAAUAAGCUGUCGUGGCUUGUGUCUAAACUACCUGAAAAAGAUAGAUCAAACGUGGUAGUCCAGUGUAGGUAGUAUUCUACAAUAAGCUGUCGUGGCUUGUGUCUAAACUACCUGAAAAUAUAUCUCUCAAAUGUGGGGGUUUCAGCGAAGGUAGAUAAUAUUUUUCAUGGGCAAAGAAAGUGUUGGAUGUAAAUUUGGUGAACUUAAUUCCAUAUAUUUUUUUUUCACUUCAGAAAGCUUGUGAGAAAGUCUAUUGCAAGAGUCUUGACGGUUAUCUCUCAAACCCAGAGAGAAAACCUGAGAAAGUUCUACAAGACCAAGAAAUACAAGCCAUUGGAUUUACGACCAAAGAAGACGCGAGCCAUGAGGAAAGCCUUGAGCAAGAGGGAGGCUUCGUUGGUCACCUUGAAACAGCGCAAGAAGUUGACACAUUUUGCUCUAAGAAAAUAUGCUGUAAAGGAAUAAAAUGGGACCAUUGAACAC